ACCCACACGGAGCCGAGCCGAAUGCAGUCGCCAGUGAGGAGCAGAAGCCUUGGGUCACGAGCACCAGCUGCCAGUAACUCGAAGGGAAAAAAUAAUUACCACAAAAUAGCACUGCUCAAGAAUUAACAAAUAAUUGUAGAUAAAUUACAUAAAACCGUAUGGUGACCCAUUAAAUCUAUAAAAACGGAAGCCAAAGGAGUGGCUUUGGAGGAAGUGCCUCAACCAGCACGUGAUGCAACUGGCCAUCUUAUGAACCCCAGUGAUUAAAGUGAAUUUCUGUGGGGUCAGCUAGCCAAAAAUCGAUAGGUUGGCCUAUCCAAAAAACGUGUCCUCCAGCUGGAAACGUGCGCAGCCUGCGAAGUUUUCCUCUGCUGUUGCUGGUGUGAAAGGAAAAGUCAGAGGAAAAUCUCAACCUACGCAGGGUUAUAUAACAUACAACACCGCCCACGCAGCGUUUUGCAGCUCGAAAUCGAUAGACUAAAAAAAACCGACAUGACGAGCUUCUAAUUGGAUUGCACGCGAGGGAUUAACCACUGGGCUUUAGGAGAGGCAUUAGGACAGGAACCAGUGAAUUACAGGGUAGUGAAGCCAUAAGAGAUGGGGAAGAAGAAGGUGGCCACCGAGGACUUGGUCGUCCCGCCGCAGGACACCCGGAUAUGCGGCACCAUAUGCAUUUGCCAGAUGACUUUGGUGCUGAGCUCCGUGGCCCUCGUUUACCUCACGGUGGCCAUAUACAUGCCAUCCACGAGGGCCUUCAAGAGUGGCAUCGAUCCCACGCCGGUGAUGUGCACCACCACGCGGGCGGUGAACAAGGAUAACUGCGAGUGGGGCAGCUGCGGCGAGUGGUGCCUGAGCAAGACCUCCGGUGCCUGCAUCCAGAUCUAUGUGAAUCUCCGCAGCAAUGGCAGCAACUUGAUAUUCCAGAACUGCACCAAUUCGGCCAAUAAAACGUGCUAUGGGAUUGACCAGGAUCGGGCGGACAAGGCUCGCUGCAUCAACGAUGAGUGCAAGAAUCUCACGGGCACUUUCAAUUGCACCGCUGGCCAGUGCUUGAACAUCACGGAUGCCUUUGAGUGCGUCUUCCACAACAGCGAUGCACCGGUCAAGUGUUCCGGACGACGGGGUAAGAUCAACUGCAUGGACAUCAGUGGGUUGUACUCCUGCAGCAGGGGGACCUGCCGGAAAAUAAGGACUCCCUACAACUGCGACAGGAGGUGCGUGGAUAUACCCACCCGGAACAAGAACGUGGUGGUCCUGAGUGGGGACAAGGUGUACCUAUCCCAGUGCCAGAAUGCCAUUAAUGCCGAGACCCUGGAGGAAGUAUGGAACGAGUCCAACGAUAAUGUGGCCAUGACCUCGUGCUACUUCAUCAAACACACCUCGGAUCAGGUGGAUGCGGUGGACUGCAUCAAUGGCUCCACCCUGGAGCACAACAUGCUCAGCGACCUGACCAACUUCACAUAUCUGAGCCACCUGCACGUUUCGGUGGCCACGCCAGUGCCCGAGAUAGCACCACCCGAUGUGGAUCUGACCAUCUCCAAUGAGUCCAAACUGAUGAUUAACCUGGAGGGCUGUGUGAACACCCUGAUGGACGAGUGCAAGGAGUUUCUGAAGGACUUUGGCCGGGAUGGCAGUGAUCACAAUGCCAGGGCACGCUUCCCGUGCUUCUAUUCGCCCGGGAAAAAGGAUGUGGUGGUGGCACGUUUCGACCUGGAGGUCACCUAUCGCCAGUUUGUGUUCGCUUCGGUGGUGCCAUCGGUUCUGUUUGUGGUCUCCUGUUCCAUCCUGAUCAUGUGCCAGACCACCGUCUACGUGGGCGAUGAUGCCAAGAUGCGAUUCAAGGGCUGUGUGGAUACGGAGACGGUCUUAAAUAAGAACAAUGUGGGCGCACCCACCAACGGCGACUUGGGCGGGGGCGGCGGCGAUGAGGUUAUGGCCCUAUGAGAUCCGUCACGCAUUCCUCUGCUCCAGGAAGACAGUCCGACACACCAGACGGGAGUCUUCGCUUUGCAAUAAUUGGAGUUGGGCACCAGCUGAAAGUCAGAACACAAUCGAGCAAC